GUUGCCAGCACAUGACGACGCCAACGGCCCAUGGCUCACUCGUCGCCUGCAACGACGACGGCGACGGCUGCCGCUGGAUGGGGCGCGACGGCGCCAGCAUAGGCCUCCACCAGCUUAUCGACGAGCUCCUUGAGGCGGACCCACCAAGGGACGUGGCCGCGACCAGAGCCAGCCUCGUUGCCCACGCCAAGCACCUUCAAGCCAAAUACGCUCGCGCAAUCGCGCGCCACGAGAACCCGGAGCCCAUAGCGUUGCAGCUACCGAUCCCCGAUCUUACCAGCAUCUCGACAACAUCCCGGUCCCUUAGCAACACCACGUCAUCGUCCUCGAAUGCAACCGAGCUUCAUUUGCCCGUCUCGCUCAACUGGUGUUCGACCAACAACCCGCUGCAGCGACGCAUCUGCGGGCCCAUGCGCGCCCAAGGCGCGUGCAACGGGUGCUGGGCGUUUGCGACCGUCGAGAUCGUCCAGGCCGCCGUGAGUGCAGCGACAGGGGCGGCGCCUGUGCCGCUCUCGCCGCAGCAGCUGCUCGACUGCAGCCGCGGCAACAACACGUACCCGACGUCGUACUGCAUGGCGGGCAUGGGCAGUCUUCCGUCCUGGCUGCCCCAUUCGAUUGAAUGGAGCAGCGCCAACGGCGGCUGCAACGGCGGGUCGACGUACGGCGCGCUCCUCGACUUGGCAUGGACCAACACGGCGCUCGCCCUGGACACCGACUGGCCCUUUGUCGAUGCCAGCAAGAACGCGACAGACCUCGAGGCGGCUUUGCCCCCGCGCUGCAAACCCGCGGCCGAACUUAUCAACGGGUUCGUGGUGGAACGGCCCAAAGCCAAUGGGACAACGGUCGUGAGCUGGCGCUCGGCGCUGCCGGGGUCGGCGUGCGCUGAGAACGUGACGGACCCCGUCCGGCUGCUUAAGACGGCGCUCCUCGACGGUCCGAUUUCGGUGCCGAUUUACGCGUCCGAAGCGUUCAAAAACUACAAUGGCGGCGUGCACGUGUGCACGACCAACAUUACGACGAGCAGCAUCAACCACGUACUGGUGCUGACGGGGUAUGGCGUCACCGACAACGGCACCGAGCACUGGAUCUUGAAAAACUCGUACGGCAACAACUGGGGUCUCCGCGGCUUUAUGCACCUCGCCAUGGACGACGUGCUCAACUGCGGCAUGCUUCUGCUGCCGAUUCAAGUCGACAAGGUCAUUGCCGGAGCGUCGAGCACGGACGUGAGCUACAAGGACGAAGGUACGGGCAGCGGCGGGACGACGACACCGCUCCGAAAGACGAAUCACAACGCACCGUACUGGAUAUUGGCGGUCGUCGCGGUGCUCGUCGUUGCAGCUGUGGCGGCUGUAGUGGUGCUUCGCCGCCGUCACCAGCGCCGGAAAUCAAUGACCAGCGCGCUUUUGGCGGCCGAUGGCGUCUUGACCGUGCACCACCGUGCUAGCAAUGUUGUCGUGACGUAAAAGUAUAUAUUGAAGUAUUUGUCUAAUCAGUGAACGGAUGGCGA